GGCCAGUGUUGAUGCACGGGAUUUUUCAUAACAAUAACAGCAACAAAUUCAAAUCUCUUGGUACCUCAUUCUCGGAAUACAGCUUCCAGACGCCUUCGAUAACCACGCAUCCGACCAAGCGAUACUUAAUCUACCGAAAUAUUUUUUACGCCGUUUUGAUUCGACAAUGGGAGCGGAAGGGUUUGCAGAUUUACAAGCCUCCUUUUUGCUUGAGCAGAAACAAGAAUCACGGUUGGCCAGCUAGGCCGCAGAUCAAUUGUGCCAGCGGCGGCCGUUUGACAUUAAUUAUUUGAGAUAGCUUCGACAACCGUGCAUGACUAGUGGUGCUUAGAACACGUUUUAUCGGUAACACUACGCGAUUUUCAUCACUGUUAUGUUUUACGUUGGCAAGAUUUGCGAGUAAGACCGCUUGGUUCGCAACCUUGACUGGGUGACGUCUCGCCUCCGUUGUUAGCUACUUUCGCCUGCUAACGUUAGCUACCUUCGGGUGGCUUGCGAUCUGCAGGUCAAAAUAGUUGUUAUAGUCAGUCAAUUUCCUAUCGCCGUGUGCUCGACAGGCAUUUUGUUACGCAAAUUAAUUUUGCGACGUCUACUUCUGGAUGAAUGUGGGACAAAAUGGAGACCCCAACGAUUGUGUACGAUUUGGAUACCUCUGGGGGCUUAAUGGAGCAAAUCCAAACAUUGCUGGCACCCCCGAAGUCUGAGGAAGUUGACAAGAGGAGUCGGAAGCUGGUGAGGGACGUGCGGAGGAGCGGUCGGGCCACCAACCACGACACCUGCGACAGUUGUCGCGAGGGAGGAGAUCUGCUCUGCUGUGACCAUUGUCCCGCAGCUUUCCACCUCCAGUGCUGCAACCCACCUUUAAGUGAAGAAUUGCUCCCACCUGGAGAAUGGAUGUGUCAUCGCUGUAAUGUUCGCAAAAAAAAACGAGAGCAGAAGUCAGAGCAGACCAAUGGCCUGCAAGAGAGGUCCUUGUCCAAGCGCUCUGCAUCCCCAGCUGUGGAGUUGGACCUUAAUGCUGGCCCGCUGCGGCUGGAUGGCCUGCCCCCAGGGGCUGGGGCUGCAGGACCUGGUUUAAGAGUCGCCCAGGUCCGACUCCUAGAUCGCAGGACCAGCAGUAGACCAAGUAGCCGACCUGGUACACCCACGUCCAACACUUCUUCCACUCCAACCCCAUCAGAGGAACAGAACGAGGGGGAGGAGGAGACCGCAGAGGUUGAGGAAGAAGCUCAGGGUUUGGAGCUUGAGGGUAUCGCCCCUUCAGCACCCACACCACGGCUACUCAAGAGACCCUUUCAGCUGUUGAUAGCUGCUGCUAUGGAGAGAAACCCUACUCAGUUCCAGCUGCCUAAUGAGCUCACCUGCACCACUGCACUGCCAGGUAGUAGCAAACGGAGGAAGAAAGAGGAGCUCCUUGGAAGGCCAUUUAGGAGGCCUCAGCAUGAGUUAGACCCCAAUGGCUUGGUUCCUCUGCCAGCCAAAGUCUGCUUCUCCUGCAGCCGGAGUUGCAGGAUAGCCCCAUUGAUCCAGUGUGAUUAUUGUCCUCUUGUGUUUCACAUGGACUGUCUGGACCCCCCACUCACCGCCUUACCUGCUGGCAAAUGGAUGUGCCCCAAUCAUGUAGAGCACAUAGUGCUAAACCAGAGGAACUUGAGCCUUUCUAGCCGCUGUCAGCUCUUUGACCAAUUCCAAGACAGAAUAUCACAGCAUGCCGUGAAGGUGGACUUCCUGCGCCGAGUUCAUCGACAAAACACGCCGAACCGCCGCUACUCUCACCAGCACAAGAAGACUAUCAAGGUGCCAGAUGCCAUCAAGUCGCAGUACCAGAACCCUCCCGCUAUGCUGGCUCCUGCAGGGAUCCGCCAGUCAGAGCUUGUCUGUAGUGGUGUUUCCAACCACCAGCCCACGAAGCACCUCACCACAGAGACUGAGCAGCAGGAGUGGCUUCAGGAUGUCAUCGCUCUCCAGUGCAGCAUCAUGCGUCACCUGUCCAUCAAGCAGAAGGCUUCAUCUUCAUCACCAGCCUCAACACCAGUAUCAUCAUCAAUGGAGUGGGACCCUAGGCAGAAAGCUUAUAUUAAAUCCUGUGUACCAUCUGAGGACACCAAACCUCUGGCUUCUCAAAGGACUUUAUCCCCAGGCCCCUGUACUAAACCAUGCGGUUCACCUGAUGACGCCCUGAGGGCCACUGUACCAAAGGGCCCCAUGGUAGAGCUGGAUAGUUGUAACUGUAUUAUGAUACCCUGUAAGAAUUGUAGGAAAUUUAAUGGGCCCCUAGCAGUAGAAUCCCAGCAGCCUCCUAAAGCAAAUGGACCUGUAGACUGUAACAGUGCCUCAGACUCUUGCAGGCAGACAGAAUUCCAGCUCAGACUGAAGUCAGAUAUAACACAUCAAGAAUCAGUCUCCACCCCUGCCUCUGUCACCUCUCUCAAGCUGGUUAACCAUAUAGAUGGCGAUAUUGUUAAAAGGGAGAGUGGGAACAAUAUUGAAGUCUGCAGCCAUAAAGACUGUACUACUCUCCCAGUGAUGUGCUCUGACACCAAACAGCAGAAACACACGACCCAGCUGAAGUUGCAGACCGAGUGUAUAGGCAGUGAGGCAAAACUCUCUGACUCCAUCACUAGCAGUGCUCACCCAAUUACCCCAUCUGAAGUUAUCCAGGACCAUGGCAUCACAAAGUUGGAAUCAUCAACAACUAUAGCAGGUCUCUCCUCCACAGAUUUAAAGGCAUGUCCCGCAGUCAUGGAGUCCCUGUUACCCAGUGCUCUGUCCUGCAUAGCUGAUCGGUCCAACCAUAUGAAAACAUCACUGAAAGAUGGUGGAAUUGAACUGGACAAGCUGGAUGAUGAGAUGGUUAAACUUUUGGCCUGGCAAAGGAUCCAGCAGCUUUUCCCUCCCAAAGUGCCAGCCAUUUCUCAGAGGGAUGAUAUUCUUCCUCCUGCCACCAGUAACCUCAAACCCCAGUCAUCACACCCACAAAGUCAGAAGAAAGUGCAGGCCCGAGCAGUUUUCUACCCCCUCACAGGCAAAGGAGAAGCUGUAGACAUGUGCUAUAGGACAUUAUACAUAGGCUCCGGUGCUGACAUGGAUGUGUGCCUUACAAACUAUGGUCACUGCAACUACGUUUCUGGGAAACAUGCCUGUAUUUUUUAUGAUGAGAAUACCAAACAUUACGAGCUGCUCAACUAUAGUGAGCAUGGAACUACAGUGGACAACGUGCUCUACUCCUGUGACUUCUCUGAGAAGGCCUCCCUGUCUCCACCUAGUGGCUUGGUGUCGAAAGUGCAAAGCAUUACCAACCACAGUAAGAAGAGGGAGCCGGAGGAGCAGCCUGGGUCUAUGGUGGGUUUGAUGCCAGCUGGUGGAGUGAUGAGCUGCCAGCUCCAGGGAGGCCCAGGGCUCUCUUGUAGUUGCAAGGCCAGCAGCUCGAGCCUAAUUGGGGGCAGUGGUGCCGGUUGGGAGGGUACAGCAUUGCUUCACCACGGCAGUUAUAUUAAACUGGGCUGCUUGCAGUUUGUCUUCAGCAUUACUGAGUUUGCCAUUAAGCAGCCCAAAGAGGAAGAUGCAGCAAUUGGCAGCUGCACCAGCACCUCCACAAGCCCUUCCAGUACCACAACUAACACUGCCACUGUCAGCACAACUUUGACCCAGGACGGGGCAAACAAAGACAAUGAGACCCUCAUUCUCCACCAAGUGCCCGUACUGCGAUCUAAUUCCGUUCCAUAGCCCACAGAAGGAAGUUAUUCUCCUUUGUUUUGCACCUUUUCUUAUCACAAUGAAGGGAAAGCUGCACUGCUGGUCAACAGGGAAAUUGUUUAUUUUUUCAUUUCAUUGGUUUGUAUCUUUGCAUGAACUUGAAGUAUUAUCGACAAUCUCUUCUGUUUUUGAAUGACUGACUAUAACCUUUUGUUCACUUAAGAUCAUUGGGACAUUGAGCAAACAUUUACCUUUCACUCAGUUUUCUUUUUGCCAGUAUAGUAGUUUUGUAUUGUGUAAAAUUACUUGUCAGUCAGCCCAUUUAGCACAUAUUGUUUCUAGUAUUUAAGUCCUACAAAUAUAAUUUCUUUUGCUGCUUUUGCACCAAGUAUAUAUGUAUGAAUUCAUACAUGCUUACACACUCUUAUAUGUAUAUAUUAUGUAAGUAUAUACAAUUCAGUGCCUCUCGAUUGGAGAAACAUUGGAUUCAUGUAGAUAUACUGUUUUUAACUGUACAGUUCCUGAUGGAAUUUGUAAUACCUAGUAGAGAAACAAGUUUUGUGAUUAAGUCUUCUUAGUCUGUACUUUCCACAGUAGUCCAUCUGUAAAUAUGUUGUUUUAGCACUCAUUUUAACAUCUUGUGCUGCUCUGUAUAUAAGCACUCUUUGUCUGUACCUGCUUGUCUGUUAAAACAUGUAAAUACAGAAAGAUUUUCUAAGAACAA